AUGGAGUUCGUCCUCCCUGAGGUCCAGGACAACCCCGAGGGGUGGGGGCCGUGCACCGUGCCCGAGCACCUGAAGGACGUGCCCUACGCGCCGUACGGGAAGGGCGACAGGCUCGGGCGCGCGGCGGACUGGACCUCCUCGGGGUCCAAGUACUCCCGGAACUACCACAACCAGAGUCAGGUCAACGCGGUCUUCAAUUUCUUCAACACUGAUGACAACACCUUCCAACUCGUCGACACCGGUGCGCACAAGGCGCGUGGGCCGGGUGGCGGGCGCGGAGGGCGCGGAGGGCGGUUCCAGAACCAGGGUCGCGGCGCCUGGGGCCGCGGCAACCGCGACGGCGGCCGCGGGGGCGACGCUCAUGGCCGCGGCGGGCACCACCACGACGGGCCCCGGCAGGCCCCCAAGCGCCAGCAGCGCCGCCCCUUCUUCAACGACCGCAACCAGCCCAAGGUCACCUACUCGCCCUCGGUCGAGAUCUCCGCGGACUGGACCCUCAUGGAGACGCUCCAGGUCCCGCUCCUGUCCAAGCUCCGCCACGAGCCGCCGACGACGUGCGACGACCUCUACUCGGCCGGCGCGGUCGGCAAGUGGGACCGCGCGAACGACCGCGUCACAGCGCGCCUCGAGAUGGUGCUGCGCAAGUCCGAGGGCGUCUCCCCGCCCCCGUCCACCUCGAACGACCCCAUCAUGCAGCAGCUGGCCAAGGACGGCGAGGGCGACGUGUUCAUCACCGACGCCCUCCUGUCCGCGCUCAUGUGCGCCACGCGCGCCGUCUACCCCUGGGACCUCGUCGUCACCAAGCGCGGCGACGCGCUCUUCUUCGACCGCCGCCACGGGUCCCACUUGGACCGCGCCACGGCGCACGAGACCGCGCCCGACCCCGUGGAGGAGGAGGCCGGCAACGUGAACGCGCUCCCGGCGCUGAACGAGGAGGCCACGCGCGUGUGCGACGACCUGCGCCACCACACGACGGCCGACGGCGAGCCCGUGCCGCUGCCGGCGACGUGCAAGACGGGGGCCGAUCCGUUCGACGGGGCGUGCGGGCGGCGCGGGUUCCGGUACCGCCGCUUCGAGCUCUCGGACGGCACGCGGCUCGUGGUGCGGUGCAGCGUCGACGGCGUGCAGACCAAGGGCAACGACCUGCAGACCCUGGCGCUGUACGCGCUGCCCGAGUACUCCCCCAAGGGCCCGGGGGACUGGCGGCGGCGCGUGGAGACGCAGCGCGGCGCGGUGCUGGCCACGGAGAUCAAGAACAACACCGCGAAGGUCGCGCGGUGGGCCACGCAGGCGCUGCUCGCCGGCGUGGACCUGAUCAAGUUUGGCUACGUGACGCGGCGGUCGAUGAAGGACCCGUCGACGCACGUGCUGCUCGCGACGCAGCCGAUCAAGCCGUCGGACCUGGCGCAGCAGAUCGCGCUGCGCAUGGAGAUCGGGUGGGGCAUUGCCAGCGCCUUUGUCAAGAUGUUCACGGGACUCAAGGGCGGGCGGCAUUUGAUCGCCAAGGACCCCGCGAACCCCGUGCUGCGCGUGUUCGAGGUGCCCGCGGGCACGUUCGCGGACGACGGCAUCCCGGCGUAG